AUGACAGCGCCAGCGGUGGGCCAUCAUCCUUCAGAGGCUGGUCCGGGUGUGUCGUCCUUGUACGAUUACACCCGGUCGCAGCACUCGCCAGAGAACGACCAUCACCUUCCGUCCCCGCAAUCGACAACCCGCAACGAUUCUGCCCCCGACCACUCAUCGUCUUCCAAUGGCUUGUCCACCCUGUCCGACAUGGUAGCAGUCAAGUCCAAGGCUGAGGAUCAGGCUUCGCAUGCCCUUUCAACCGGCCAGGAGUUCCAGUCGGAUCUCCGCCGUCAGUCCGCCGCCAGUGCUUUGUUGGCCCAGUUGCUUGGCGGCCAGCAGGCUCCCAAUACAGACUCAGAUCAGGCUAUGGAAGGCUUGGAGGUCUCAGAUAAGCAGGAUACUGAGCAGAAGCAGCAAUUUGGAGAUGAAUCCAACGGGAAUUGGGAAACAAAACAAGGGGUAGAUGUUCCGCCGUCCGGAGCGGAGCCGAAGAACGGAGAUCAAAGUCAGCCGGCGGAACCUCAACAUCAAACAGAAGACAUGGCAUUUCAACAAUCAGGGCUGCCAUUUUCGACAACCGAGCAAAACGAUAACGUUCUAGCCAGAACUGACCCCAUUGACAAUUUAACGGAUCCCUUACUGUUCGCAAAACCGAACCUAGAUCAUAGCGACCUUUUCCCUCCAAUCGACUUUACGGCCCCAGGGACGCCAAUGGAGGGUUUACAACAGAAUGAUAUGGUGAACUCUGCUUAUUAUUCUCAGAACGCGAACUUGUCGGCUCUGGGUUACACUGAGGGUGGCACGCAUAACGGGAGCGGAUCAGUAGCAGGAUCCGAGCCGCGGAUCCAAGCAUUCGCCAAACUCGAAUUCGACGACGGGCAUUUUUACUGCAACACAUAUUCUUUUAUCCUAGGGCGAGACGUACGAGCGGCCCGAGCGGCCCAUCAACGCGAGUUUCAGGCCCGACAAGCCAUGAGAUAUUCCCGAGCGAAAAGUUCGAGUGGUGGAAAUGCAUCACGUACACCUACGCGAGUGAAACACGAAGGAAGUGGGAUUAUAGGGAGUGUAGUUAGCGAUCGUGGUGGAAUCAUGGGCUUUGACCCUGAUGUUCCUUCGCAUAUGCAGUCGCAUGUCAGUCGACGUUCCUCUAAUGCUUCUGAUGGGGACGCUGGCGGUCUUUUACACGCAACCCCUGCUCAGCUUCAGGCCACCACCGACUAUAAUGCACUUGCCAUGCAAUCGUUACAGGAAAGCAACGGCAACGGAGACGCCAAACCCGUUGAUGCCUUGGCCCUCCUUCCCUCACCGGACGCAUGUCCGACCAUUCCGAUACACCCCCCUGCAACAAACGAUGGUAGCGUUGCCGGACACCGGGGUAUCUCACGAAAGCACGUCAAGAUUGCGUACAAUUUUGACAAGAAUUUGUUUGAAAUGGAAGUGCUUGGAAGGAACGGUGCCUUUAUUGGUGCAGAUUGGCUAUCUCCCAGUCAAAUACGACCUCUACAUAGUGGCGAUUAUAUUCAAAUUGGAGGAGUCCGCAUUCGGUUUCUGUUACCUGAUGUACCGAUUGGGGAGACCGGAGCGGAUAUUGAAGAGGAGCAGUUGCCAGAGCCUCAACAAAAGGUCGAGACUUCGGUUUCUGUUGAGAGCCAAGAAAACGCUGAGAAGAAGGACGACUCAAAAGCGACAAAGCUUGUCCUGAAGACAAAGGUCGAAGAACCUGCUCGACCAGUGUCUUCAAUCGAGGGAGAUGCUCAGCAGCCACAACGUCGUCGCGGUCCUGGUCGGCCGCCAAAAGAUGGGAUUAUGUCAAAACGAGAAAGAGCCGAGCUGGCACGGGAACAGAAAUUGGCUGCCAGACGCGAGGCGAAUGGCGGCGUUACGCCUCCUCCGCAGAGCAAACCCAAGGCGGGAAAGACUACGGCUACGACUGGAGGACUUGCGCCUCCUGUCCCUGCAGAGGGCGAGUCGCCGAACUCGAAACCCGAGAAACGAAAGUACACGAAGAGGAAGAAGGACGGAAUGAUGGACAUUCCUAUCCCUUCAACAGAAGGGGGGCAAUUCCCCAUGGAGCAUCAGCCGCAAGAAUAUGUCAAGCCGCCGCCUGUCAAGAAGCGCAAGCCGUCUCGUUCUCCCUCUCCCAACUAUCCUCCAGAAUCUGCGUACACGCCUGAAGACUUGGCGAAGCCGCCGUAUAACUAUGCGGUUCUCAUUUUUGACGCCCUCACAGAGGCUAGCACACCCAUGACGCUGAAGCAGAUCUAUAGGGCCCUGAAGCUCAAAUACCCUUAUUUUCGCUUCAAAUGUGAAACCGAGGGCUGGACGUCCAGUGUACGGCACAACCUCAAUGGCAACGGCCACCUCUUCAUGCAUGCAGAACGAGAUGGCAAAGGAUGGUCAUGGCAGCUUCGGCCAGGAGCAUCUGUUGAGAAGGAGAAGAAGAGACGACCGUCACCACCACCUCCUCCCGCUCAACCUGCACAGGCUCCUCCGUCCUCUGUCACCCCGCAAUACAUGCCUCCACCAACGAACUCGUACUCAAAUCAACCCAACGGUCAGUCAGGAAUGGCCAACCCGCAAUUCCAGAACUUCUCAUCCAUGCCGUCGAAUCCGUUUCCCACUUCAGCGGCUCCUCCCGCUCCUACUCCGCCUCUUCAGCAUUCAACUCCAUAUCCUCCUCCUGCGCCACCUACAGCAUCCUCACCCUUUCCGAUACCCAGUCCGAUCAGAAACAAUCUUCCUCCUGCGUUUGCGCAAACCACACCGACUACAUACACCUCUCCCUACGCCUCCGACCCUCCACCGCAGCUCCUCCAAUAUCAACAAUCUCAGCAAGCACAAGCGCAGACGCAGCACAUGCAGCCGCCACCUCCCCCACAACAUUCGACUCCAUAUCCUCCCCAGAAUACACAGCCUCUCCCGCCGAACAACAAUCCACCGCAGAGCUACCCUUCAAACCCGGGUCCGCCACAGCAUCAACCUCAGCACCAGCAUCAACAGCACAACCAACAACAGCAGCAGCCCUACAAUAUGGGUGGACAGAACCCCGGUCCAGUCCCCAUGGAUACCUCUUCCGACGAAGCUUCCUUCAACGAGCGUGCUAACAAAGCCAUUGAUGAUUUUGAGGCUGUCCUUCUGGAAGACUACGAGGACAAAGACUAUAUCAAGGGUGUUCUUAAGAGCGCACGGGCUCGGGCAUUAGGCGAGGCAACAGAGAGUUCGUUCCCUGGUGGCGAGCCACCGGACGAAGCUGUUCUUCUUGACGCGCUGAAGAACAUGAUCAAGGGGUUGAGGGGGGAGUAA